AUGAAACAGACCCACGACGACACCCAGUGCCUUGCUUACUCAGGUGAGGAUAACCGUACCAUUGCCAUGCUACUGUCACUGGCGUUUGGAAGGGUACCAGGUGGGGAUUUCACUGCCCACCUACUGUACAUUGUGUCACCCCCAAGGGGAGGUUCUCCCCGACGCGCAACAAAACGCCUCCGCCACAAAAGAUAA